AAAAAAGCCUGAUAUAUAAAUGAAAUUCGAAACCAAAUCAUGUCAGCGGAGGCGAGAUGUUAUCAAAGACUCAAUAUGGCGCCAUAUAACACAACAUGGCGCCUGGUCUGGCGAUGUGUACGUCCAUUUUUGAUAUAUCUGUUACAGAAAAUAUAUAAAAAAGGAGAAAUUUUAUUGACAUGGCUCAGUCACCAAUAUUGCGCAGUAAUAAAGUACACACACACUAAACUAUUUCUGAUUAUUGACAGUAGAAAAAUGUCAAAUCUUCGUAGGCACUUCAGCUUUAGUCUUAAUAAAUCAUCAUCAUUUGGUUCUUCGGGAUCUGGAAGAAUGACAGAAGAUAACAUACCAUCUGCAGAAAAACAUUUAUUUUUUAAAUCUGCUUUAAUGAAUGAUAUUCGAAGUAGUUUAAAUCUUUGUUCUGCUUAUAUUCAGGCUCUUAAUUCUUUGUGUGAUGCUGGUACCAUGUUAGCUCGGAAUUUGCUUCAGACUGUACGUGAUGUGCCAUCAUAUCGAGAUGUUGCUACUCAGUUUUUAGGUGCUUGGGAGGAUGUGAGCAAAGCUACAGCUGGAGCAAGUGCAGAUGUAAAAACAAAAACUUUAAUAAUGUUACAAGAUGUUUUAAAUAAUUUAGAAGGUGAAGGUGAUCAUUUAACUACUGAAACUACAGCAUUAGCAGAGAGCAUUAAAGUUAUUGGUAUAUGCUUGUUUUCAUACAUUGAGCUUCAGGCUCAAUUUUCUUUCUCUGCCUGGAAAUCAUUAUCUAAACUUUCAAAGAAUCUCACUCUUGAUAAUUUUGGAGUCAGUUUAGAUAGGACUACAGAACACAAGUCAACUGGUGAUCUGAAUGGAAAUUCCAAAUUUUCUGAUUUAAUUACAACAAUAAAGAAACAUUUUGCUCACUUGAUGAAAUUUGGAAAUUUCAGAACAACUGACAUACCUGAUAUUUCUCAUAGCCAAUUUUAUGUUGAUUUCUUAGAUCAAGAAACAGCAGCUUCAUUAGCAUCAUCUGAAUCAUUAAAUCAUCAGGGAAAAAUUGUGGGUAGUGCUGGUUCACCUCCCACAACUUGGUUGCCUGCCAAUAAUUUUAGACCUUUAGGAAAUAGUCCUGUUUCAGCUACAGGUUUACAAAUGCAGCAUUCACAUAAAGAAAGUACGCAAAAAGAAUUAGGAGAUACUGCUGAAUUAGAAGAAGUUAUAAAUUUAUUAUCAUAUAAACCAGGAGAGCAGGUCUCUAACAAAACCUUAUUACCUCCAGAGAGUGCCUUUGUGGGAGAUAUGUUUGGAAACCUUCCACCAUCUCAACCCUGGCCUGGAGCCAGAUUUAAUCCUGCUGGUCAGACUUCAUCUUCAUUAUUCUCAUCAUUAUCUGCAUAUGAUGGAAAGAGAACUUGGCCUAGAGUUGGGUGUGGUAGCAGUAGUGGAGUAACUUUCGGUUAUGAUAACUGGGUAUGGGGACAUUUUGAUCCCCAAUUUGGACAAGAUUUAGAUUGCCACCAAGUUAAUCAACAACCUGUGUCUAAUCAGAAAUCUAGUCAUGAUGUGGUUAAUAACGGAAAUAGAGCAGCUGGUUGGGAUAAUAAUGUAGCAAGGUAUUUCAUAUUUUUAAAACUU